AUGCGGAGUGCAAUCCGGACCGGCGCCUUCCGAGGCCUGCCGCCGUCAGCCCCCGCCUCGCUCCACUCCGGCAUCAAGAGCGUCCGGAGCGCACCCCGCCGGCUUUCCGUCCCGCCCCCUUCGGCGUUCCAUUCGAAAACCCCUGAUCACUCCGAGGCUGCGGCUGCCACGCCCAAAUUCCCGGAAGCCGAACUGACUCCGCCGCCAACGCCCCAGGAGCGUAUCACCAUCGCCGACAUCAAGGAGAGACGGGCCAGAGCCGGGCGUCUCAAUGCACCGACGGCGGCGUCCUGCAAUGCCGACAUGUUCAAGGCGCCGGCAAACCCAAAGCCAAACGAUGGGAUCGCCACGGGCUCCGCCCAGAUGACGCGCUUCGCCGUCGAGCACGUCGAGCUGGUCGGCGCCCCGCCCUACGCCGACUGGGGCGUGUGCCUGACCGUCGGCAGCACGGGCGCCCUCGAACAGGCCCUGCGCAUGCUGUGCGACGGUCCGGGGCGCGGCGAUACCCUGCUGACGGAGGAGUUUUCCUUCUCGACCGCGCUGGAGACGGCCGCGCCGUUGCGGGUGGGCGUCGUGGGCGUGGGGAUGGAUGGGGAGGGGUUGGUGCCCGAGAGGAUGGAGGAGGUGUUGGCCAGGUGGGAUGUCAAGGCUCGGGGCGGGCGGGCCAAGCCGAGGGUGUUGUACACCGUGCCGUCGGGGCAGAACCCGACGGGCGCGACGCAGAGCGUGGAGAGGCGCAGGGCCAUCUAUGAGGUGGCGAGGCGGCAUGACGUGUUUAUUCUCGAGGACGAGCCGUACUAUUACCUGCAGAUGCAGGAGCCGGGGACGGAAGCGCCCAAGAGUGUGGAGGCGUUUUUGGAGGGCCUGAUCCCCACGUAUCUGAGCAUGGAUGUGGACGGGCGCGUGAUGCGCAUGGAUUCGUUUUCCAAGGUCGUGGUGCCCGGGUCGCGUAUGGGCUGGAUCACGGCGUCGGAGCAGAUUGUGGAGCGGUUUGUUCGCCAUGCCGAGGUGGCUAAUCAGGGGCCGAGCGGGUUCUCGCAGGUGAUUCUGCAUAAGCUGCUGGACGAGCAGUGGGGGCAUGAGGGCUACUUCAGGUGGUUGAUGAAUUUGAGGAUGGAGUACACCAAGCGGCGGGAUGUCAUGUCGGCGGCGUGUGAUGAGUUUCUGCCUAGGGAAGUGGUCAGCUGGAAACCGCCGCAGGCCGGCAUGUUUCAAUGGCUGAAGGUCAACUAUGAGCUGCACCCUCGCGCCGCGAGCAAGAGCAUCAUGGAGAUUGAGGAGGAGAUAUACAACAGCUGCAUAGCAAAGGGGGUGUUGGUGGCCCGCGGGUCUUGGUUCCGUGCCGAGCAAGAUGUCCCGCCGUCGGGGCUGUAUCUCCGGGCCACGUUUGCGGCGGCCACGCCCGAGAAUAUGAGGGAGGCUAUUCGGCGGUUGGGGGAAGCCAUUCGGGAAAGUUAUCAGCUGUGA